AUGGACGAGGAGGGUACACAAUACCAUGCUCGUAACUUCAAUCAGAAUUUCUCCAGAUUUCGUCAUCUUUUAAAGGAAGAUGAAAGUUAUAUAGUUAUAAAACUCAAUAUGGUUGCUGUUACUAAUGGUUUUAGUUAUACAGGUCAUAAACAAACCUUAACUUUGGAUUGGAAUAACAUCCUAAAAAAAUAUGAUGAUUUCUCGGGUCCGGUGAACGGAUUUAUGUUUGUUGAUUUUAAUUCUAUCAUAGAACAAACAUGCCCAAGAGACACAUUAUUUGAUGUUAUUGGACAGAUCGUGUCAUUUAGGCCUCUUGAAACUUCAAAUCUUGUAGCAUCCAAGCAUUAUAUAAAACUCACUCUUAGCAACCUAGAUUCUAUACAUUUGAAGGUUACUAUUUUUGGAAGUCAAGCAUAUCAAAUGUCAGAAUACCUAAAAAAUAACCUGACGGUUAAUUGUGUUGUUAUCGUGAUGCAGUUUUUGAAGCUAAACAUUUGGAAUGGAAUUGGAGAAGCUAAAAGUCAUUUUGAAGUAACGAAAUUGUUUAUAAAUUCUGACAUUUACGAAAUUAAUGAGUUUAAAAAUAAAUUGAAAUGUCAUGACAAUGUCGGUAUAACUGAAAAAAGCAUAACUACACUUCAAAGCUACUCUUCUUUAUAUACAGAUGACUUUAAAGGCAAUUUUCCAUUAAAAACAGUUUGUGAGAUCACCGAACCACUUAAGGAAAUGAAGUUUUUAUUAGUUUCUUCCAUUGUUAAUAUAAGGCAGAAUCUACCAUGGUAUUAUGAAGCAUGCAACAAAUGUGGAAAAAAAAUACCCCGUGUUCCCAAAGCCAAUCAGUCGUAUACCAACCCUGAAAAAAUUUCAGAAACUAUUGUUGUCAAGUGUACAAAUGCACAUUGCAAAAAAUAUGAAAUUCAUACGGUUAUAAAGUAUAUAAUUCCAAUCAAUGUACAAGAUUGUACUGGAACCAUUGGAUUGACUCUUUUUGAUAGGGAAGCAAAAAGGCUGUUAAAUAUAAGUGAAUACGAGUUGGAAAAGAUACAUGAAGCGUUUGGUUAUCUUGUAGACAUUACAGAAUACAAUGUCAAGAACUAUAAUAAUAUAUACACAGUUCUCAAAGUUACAAAAGAUAUAUCCAUUGUUUAUGAAUUGGAAAGUAAAAUAGAACUUAUGAGUAUUCAAUCUGUCUCCUUAAAUCAAGUUGCUUUGGAAUCAGAUGAUGUUGUACAACCUGUUCAAAAGGAUGUGAUCUCACAAACAGAUAAAAGUUUUACACCCUCAACAGUUGAUAAGUCAACUGCAACAAGUCCUAGCAAAAUAUUAACUGAUUUGAAGCGCAACCUCCAAGAAAUUUAUGACGUUGAUUCUGGAGAUGAUUUAAGUUCAACUAAGGCUAAAAGAAAAUCAACCGGAGAGGAAACUCCAGUCUUAAUUCCAAAAAUGGAGAAGUGA